AUGCUCUUCUCCCCCGCCCUGCCCGAGGAUCGGCUCCAGCACCUGCGGCACCACCGCAGCCUCCGGCAGAGACCGCGAUUCCCGGCUCGUUUGGCUCUGGCCGCGGCCGACCCCGAGCUGGGCCUGGGGGGAGGGGCCCCCUCCAGCCCCCAGCGGCGCCUGCUGCUCUUCCUGGGGGGGGGAGGGGCCCUGCAGGGCUGCCUGGAGGCCACGCCCAUCACACAGGUUUCCAAUCCUGUUUUUCCCAUUUCCAAUCUGGGUUUUUCCUGUUUCCAAUCCCGUUUUUCCCGCGUUUUUCCCGCUGUCCCCAGGCGCACGUUCGUGUUCGGGGCCGUGCUGGAUUCCCAGGAUUUGGCCUUUUCCGACCCCACUCCGGACGGGCGGAGCCUGGCGGCCGCCUACUGCAACCGGCCCGACUUCCUGGUCUGCAGCUUCCUGCCGGGAUCCCCGGGAUCGGGAUCAGAGGGAUCCCUGAAAUCAACGGGAUCAGGAUCGGAGGGAUCCCCAAAAUCAGCGGGAUUGGGAUCAGUGGGAUCACAGGGAUCGGGAUCAGCGGGAUCCCCAAAAUCAGCAGGAUCGGGAUCAGUGGGAUCACAGGGAUCACAGGGAUCGGGAUCAGCGGGAUCCCCAAAAUCAUUGGGAUCUGCCGGGUCAGGAUCAGUGAAAUCCUUGGGAUCAACUGGAUUUGGAUCGGUGAAAUCAUCAGGAUCAGCGGGAUUGGGAUCUGCGAAAUCAGCGGGAUCCACUGGAUCGGGAUCACAGGGAUCCCUGACAUCCUUGGGAUUGGCCGGAUCGGGAUCAAAGGGAUCCCCGAAAUCAGAGGGAUCCCCGAAAUCAGCGGGAUCGGGAUCAGAUGGAUCCCUGAAAUCAGCGGGAUCGCGAUCAGCCGGAUCAGCAAAAUCAGCAGGAUCCCUGACAUCCUUGGGAUCGGUUGGAUCGGGAUCAGAGGGAUCCCUGAAAUCAGCGGGAUCAGUGAAAUCCUUGGGAUCAGCUGGAUUGGGAUUGGUGAAAUCAUCAGGAUCAGCGGGAUUGGGAUCUGCGAAAUCAGCGGGAUCCACUGGAUCGGGAUCAGCAGGAUCAGUGAAACCUUUGGGAUCGGCCGGAUUGGGAUCAGCUGGAUCCCUGGGAUCAACGGGACCAGGAUCCACUGGGUCGGGAUCCCUGGGAUCCUCGGGAUCAGCCUGAAUUCCCGAGGGGCUGCAAAGGCCGGGAUGGAUCCGGCCGGGAUCCCAAGGGAUCCUUCCCUAAAAUCCCUUCCUUCCCUUGGGAAUCCCCCCUUCCCUUCUUUUCUUCGGGAAUCUUUUCCCUCCCCAUCCCUCGGGAAUCCCUCCCCGCUCCGUUCCACCGGAAUUCCUGGAAUUCUCCCGGAAUUCCUUCGGGAUUUCAGCGAUUCAGGCUCAGGGAUCCCUUCCCAAGGAUUUCCCACCGGAUCAGCACCGGGAGCCACCCAGGAGGGAAAUUCCAGGCGUUUCCUGGGAGGAUUCCCAGGUUUUCUGAGGCCAUCCCGUGGAUCCCUGAGCAGAUUCCCGGGUUUUAUGGAAAUAUUCCCAGAUUUUCUGAUGUUAUCCCAUAGAUUUAUAGAAAUAUUCCAGAGUUUUAUGAAAAUAUUCCCGAGUUUUAUGGAAAUAUUCCCAGGUUUUGUGAUAUCCCAUAGAUUCAAGACAAUAUUCCCAGGUUUUAUGGAAAUAUUCCAAGUUUUGUGAUGAUAUCGCAUAGAUUUAUGGAAAUAUUCCCAGUUUUUAUGAAAAUAUUCCCAGGUUUUCUGGAAAUAUUCCCAGGUUUUGUGUUAUCCCAUAGAUUUCUGACCAGAUUCCCAGUUUUUAUGGAAAUAUUCCAAGGUUUUAUGACAAUAUUCCAUAAAUUCCUGACAAUA